CAGGGUCGUAUCCUUGCUCCCUCCUUAUGUGCCACUCCCAUGGACAGCAGCCCCUCGAGCUGCUUUGUGAGUCCUGUGACCUCCUUUGCUGCAGCGGCUGUCACCUGUCCUCCCACAAAACCCACAGGGUGGUGCAGAUUGGGAAGGCUCUCCAGGAUCAGCGAUGGCUCUUUGAAAGCCUAAUGGUACAAGUGGAAGAGAGGAGGUCUGCAGUGGAGAACAAUGCAAAGCAGAUAGAGGACAGAGUUCAUGGAGUUAAGAUUGCACACAGGAAGGCUGAGAACCAGAUUAAGAUGGCAAAAAUGAUUAUGAUGAACGAGCUUAACAAACGAGCUAACCUAUUAAUAGAGCAACUGGAGAAAAUUUCAGAGGACUUACAGCAGCCUCUGGAAGACCAGCUGCAGGGGGCAAUAGAGACAUGUGCCCAACUCAACCAUUUGCAGAAGUUCAUCAGUUGGGCGACGACCCACCAUUGCCGGGGCCCAGUGCUCUUCAGCAGGAGACUGAUUUCUCUGCAAAUGCAACAAUUGCGUGACUCCUUACUGCAGUCUGAAACUUGGAAUCCUGUGAAAAUCAAAUUCAAUUGGGAUGCCAGCUACUGGACCAAACAGAUGUCCUCUUUAGGUCAGCUGACUGUUGAAGGUGGAAACUGUCACUACCCUCAGGGCUUGGCAUGCUCCACCGUUCUAAGGCCCCAGCCUAUCCCAUGCUUGGCUCUGCCACCCGUUUGCCACAGAGGACGAGAGCCUGCCUGUGGCUGCCAGAUGUGCUAUGAGCCCCAAGUGUGUUGCCUGCAUGGCAUGCCUUCUCAGACAGAUCUGGACAAGAGCCAGGUCGGAGGUCCACUCUACAAGUCCAGCUAUGUUCCAACUGGCCCGGGGUGGCAGGUGCAGAGCCAGCAGCUGCUGAGGUGCUGGGACUCAAGUGAUUCCUGUGCCUUGCAAACAUCUUCCCAAUGCCCUUCGCCUCCAUCACAUGCCCCCCUCAGAGGAACAAUCCAGAGUAAUUGCAGUCGUAGGCCUACAUCCCAGCCACAUGCAAGCACCUCCGAGCCCCAGUCACUUCCCGAAUCUCAUCUCCGUCACCAUCACCAGAGAAGGUCGCUUCCAGUCAGCAACGGUCUGCAGAGUGCAGACCAACCUCAAUCAAACCCAAGCCACGUCCCAUCACAGGAGACGUUAUCGAGCAGCGCAAGUCUGCAGGAGGUACUCUGUGAUACGAUUGCGCAGCAAGACGUCGUGGCUGAGGAAAGCCAGGAUGAGCGAUGCAGAGUGGAGAAGAGUCAUGGACAAAGAGUUGUGGCAGAACAUGAGUGGCCACUUCCCAACAGAAGCGAGAAGAGUUCUGUCCAACAGCAACAGGUUCAGGUUUCUUCAGCAGCAGAUCUGAGGAAAGAACAGCAGCGAAUCACUCCUGCCCUGUUACUACAAGGUCCAACGACUGGCCGGAGAUCUACGUCCCUGGAGGUGUCGGUGACAGCCAACAAUUGUGGCUCUAAUGUGGAGCAGUGCAGACUCAACCCAAGUUCAGCCUGCACAGGCGGGAAGAUACGUUCACAGAGUAUCCCUGUAGAGCUAGCAGCGCCAGCCGGCGGCUCUUAUUCUGAAAGGCCAACCGGAUCUACUCACAGUCCUGAUGUGGGAGCUCCAAAUAUGACAACAAGGAAGUAUGUCGGUGCAGACUCGAGGCAGAGAAGAGCUUCAGAUGGUGUUCUUUGCAUUGUCAAGGAAACCUCAGCCGACGUAAUCCUGACCAGGAGUCGGCGGGCUCCAUUACUCUCCUAUAAAACUGAGCCAGAUCCUCCAUACUUAAAUGACGAGGGUCGUCAUGAUGCCAAGGAAAGGCACAGUGUGUCAAGAAACGGUCAUAACGGCAUCAGAGAUUCUGAGAGAGACUCCGAAAGAGCCAGAGUUCCAGUGGUUUGCCUCGAACGCCUAAAAGUUCUUAUCUCUCAACUUCCCCCACAUGGACGAAGGCAGAGCGACCCCUUACCUGCUGGCACGAUGGAGAAGGAUAAUUUGCAGCAGCAAACCUGGCACAAUGCUGUGUCAAGAGGUCCUGAUACCAUAAAGACCCACGCAGUUACAUCAUCACGGUCUCCAAAAAAUCAUCAGUGGCUCACUGUUGACAGUGAGUGGGAUACUCGCCCAAGGGCCAGCUUUCCAAAAGCAUCCACAUUGCCACCUGAUGACCCUCUGGAUAAUACCUCUGCACUCGACUUUGACUCUGACUCUGACUCUGACCCCAAGUCAGUCUCAGAAGAGGCUGUCGCCUCUCAAGUCGAAGAACAAUUCGACUCGGAUACAUCACCGGAGUUCACCUCAGAGACAGAACUGGAAGGUCCAAGCCAAGAGAAUGAAGUUCUGAAAAGCUGCAACAGAAACGAGUCUAUGGAGGCUUCUGAUCCAAGUUUUGAAUGUGACGCAUUUUCAGAAUCAGCCUCAGGAGCAGGCUCUGAAGACGGGCAAGGAGAACUAGGUGCUGAUGCAGACUCAGGUGCCGCAGAAACCGAAUCAGAUGCCCAACCAGAAGCUGACGUCAUGGUGGACGCAGAAGAAGAUUCAGAGCAUCUGUCCGAUCAGCAUGUGGAUUCUCAGGACUCUGUGGAGUCUGAACUUGACAUAGAAUCUGAGCAUGAAACUCCAGAUGACCCACAGCCUCUGCGUUCUGACCUCGAGGAAGACUUCACCAUUGGACCUGCUCAGAGGCCACUUCUAAUUGCAAAUCCUGGCCUGCCAAGGAGGACAGAAGCAGUUGAGGCGGACAAUGAGGAAACUGAGAGUGAGGACUUCUGUGGAGUGUGUCUGAUCGGUGGGGACCUUUUAUGCUGUGAUCGCUGUCCUAAGGUUUACCAUUUGUCGUGUCACAUCCCACCUCUGCUAAGCUUCCCUUCAGGUGACUGGCUUUGCAGCUUGUGCAGAGAUGUUGCGCAACCAGAAGUUGAGUAUGACUGUGAAAAUAGAAGAACAUUUGGGGAGCACACAUCAGGGCAUGGCUUGUCUGCAUGUGAUCAGAGAAAAUGUGAACGUCUGACCCUCCUGAUCCUCAAUAACAUCCUGAGUGCUCCCUUUCACGAGCCUGUCAGCCCACUUGCUCGUCAUUACUAUCAGAUCAUCAAGAGGCCAAUUGACUUGUCCAUCAUCCGAGCACGACUCAACAAGAGGAGCACACAACAUUAUAACUCACCUGAGCAGUUUGUGGCGGAUGUCUAUCUCAUGUUCCACAACUGUGCAAAGUUCAACUAUCCCGAUUCGGAGGUGGCGCAAGCGGGCCGCGACCUCGAGGCCUUUUUCGCGACCAAGCUGGAAGAAGUGUUCCCAGGCAGAGUUUUCCCAGUGGCUGAGGCGGACAGUGACAGCGAUGAGUAUGAUGAGGCCUUCCGAGCAACCGAGGGUGGUUGCUCCUGGCCCGAGCGGAGGGAGCAGUGCCACAGGAAGAGGAAGAGGAGGCAAUCGCUUAAGUCAAGGAGACAUCACAUGUAAACUAUUAAUGGUGGAUUUCGAUUGAGUUUUCUUUAAAUAACAUCUGCUUUGGGUUGGGAGCCAGGUUUGGACUUUUUGCGAAGCUGGUAUUUGCCUUGUUAUUUUGGCUUUCUUCUACAGGCCAAAAGUAUGUCUGUAAAGUUGAGUGGUUAUUGCCUCUAAAACGUGAGAAUGAACGGUUUUUGCGUGAGUCAGUCCAGGGUGUACCCUGCCAUUAACGCAAGGUUAUCCGGGGUAGCCUUCAAGUGGUGUAGAAAAUGAAUGGAUUGAUGGAUCCAACAAAAGCACUCUGAGAGUGCUAAGGUUAAAACCUUUUCCAGUAACAAAAUCACUAAGUGGCUUUGAUUGUGAUAUUGAUGUUUGGUUCCCUGGCAGCGAGAAAGAAUUUUGGAUCUUGGUCAAAUUUCACUUCCUUAUAGCUAUGAGUAUCAUACAUAAGCACAAACCAAAACCUGAUCUGAUACGAUCCAACCAACAACACUGAAUUGGAUUCACCAAAAAUGUAUAUAUUUUUCUUAUUUGUAUUUAUUUAAUGAUUUAUCAUAUUUUAGCUCAACAUUUGGGUUGUUAAGGAAUGUGCUGGGAGCAUCCUUGGAAGAAUCAGAAAACGUGAUAAUAACAUGUUGAAACAAAUUCAGUGUUUUGAGGGUUAGGUUGUGUAACCUGUUGCAGAUAAUAGUACUAUAAAUAUUACAUGAUAUUUUGUUCAUUAAGAUUCCCCCACCCUUUAUGCACUAACAACCACUUACUAUGUAGCUAAAUUGUAUUAUACGCAGUACCUUGAUCUGUUAUGUUUGGAAAAUCUGUCUUUUGAGAUUGUGAGAGUAAACGUGUACAUGUGUAACUUUACACAACAAGUCAUAUUAAGAUUUCAUAAUAGUUCCUAAAAGGAUUGUACUUGAUUAAUGUAAAUACUAUUUAUAUAUAAGAGACAGUCAAGCUUCCUGCCUGAUUCAAAUUGUAAUGUCAUUUAUAGCCCGUGGCAUAUAAAGGCGUAUAUAGUGGCAUACAUUGUAUAUACUGUACUUUAUUUCUUCACGUAAUGACAUAUAGCUCGAAAUAAUUGCUGGAUGUUUUGUCCACUAAAACAAUAGAUGCCAGAGACUUUACUUAGAUCUGGAUGAAACGAUGAGUGCCACUUACCAAUAGUAUUUGAUCGGUGCAUUUGUGGGUGCAUUUUAAUAGUGCCAUAUUACGUUUCUGUCUGUUCUUAAUGUUUCAGUCUCACCAGAUUUGCAGGAAAUGGUUUACCCAGUAAGCCCAAGUAUCUCAGGCCCAUGCAGUAACUGUGUAAGAUACAAUAUUACUAUUUAUUCCUGAUAAUCAGACCUGCUAUUGUGUUAUUCUAAGCCACUUUCUUUAGCUGUAGCACAAUUUCCUAUUAGGUUUUGCUUUUUUCAACGUAUGGUAGCUGGACCUUUACAGUAUAUGUUCACAAUAUUGUGUGCACAACACUUUGUAACCUAUUUUGAAAAGUGCUUUAGAAAUAAAGUUAUUACAAUGAUGAAAUUCA